GACCUAGACGAGCCUCCCGGUUUCAAGGUCUUUAUCGGGUAUUCAAGCCGCGGCGCGUGCGAGCCAGCAAACAAGCCCGGCGAGGGAGCGAGAGAGAUGGCAACGAAUCCGGCGACGUAUUCACCGAGUCAAAGCUUGGAGAGGAGGCAGCAGCAGCAGAGGAGGAAAAUAUUCCUACAAGCCGACUGGACCCGAACGGACGGUCGAAGCUUCCACCAGUGCAGACCUGCCUUUAUGAGGACUGGUGCAUCAAAUGCUGCAUCGGGGUCUGCUUAUGCUGAGUUUGGAGGGACCAAGGUCAUUGUCUCUGUAUUUGGUCCAAGGGAAAGCAAGAAGGCUAUGAUGUACAGUGACACUGGUAGACUGAACUGCAAUGUGAGCUACACAACUUUUUCCACUCCUACUCGUGGGCAGGGAUCAGACCACAAAGAAUAUUCAUCAAUGCUUCAUAAAGCCCUGGAGGGUGCUAUAAUACUAGAAACAUUCCCAAAAACCACAGUUGAUGUCUUUGCAUUGGUCCUGGAGUCGGGUGGCAGUGAUCUCCCAGUCAUCAUAUCUUGUGCGAGUCUUGCCCUGGCAGAUGCAGGAAUUAUGAUGUAUGACCUUGUCUCUUCAGUGUCCGUGUCUUGUUUUGGGAACAACCUUGUCAUUGACCCCACAGCAGAAGAGGAAGCCUGCCAAGAUGGGAGUCUCAUGAUAGCAUGCAUGCCAGCUCGUUACGAGGUAACUCAACUUACCCUCACUGGAGAAUGGUCAACUGCUAAAAUUAAUGAGGCAAUGGAGCUCUGCCUUGAUGCAUGUUUAAAGCUUGCGAAUAUCAUGCGGUCGUGCCUAAAAGAAAUUGCUUCGUAAUCAAGCUAAUACUGAUUGUCUGCUUUCAUUCCUUUACAACCCUCCUCUUGGUCUGUUCUAAUGUUUGUCUUGUUUCUCCUCUGCUGUAAUUCAUGUUUACAUUAUGGUACUGAUCACUUUACCUUUGUGAAUUUCUGAAAUAGUUGAAUUUGUUGAUGCCUGAAAAAAAAAUGACAAGGUUGUGAAUAGAUGCAAAACCAUUUCCAGAUUCUCCUACUUAAUGUAGGGGUCACCAGUUUCAUCAAACAAAAAAAAGAAAGAAAGAAAGAAAGAAAAGAAGAAGAAGAAGAAGAAGAGUCGCCAGAAGAACCAAAAACUUCCAGUGGGCAACAUAAUGUGUUCUCCGGUACUAUGUUUGAGCGCACACAGCCUCUUCAUAUUUUGAGAAGAGUUUGUAGCGAUUGGUACCCCGGUGGUGUUAACCAAUCAAUGUUUGUGAUAUUGCUGAUUGUUAUGAUCAUGAGUUAGGAUUCCCUCGCGGGACUAGAUACCAGAGGAGGCAGCCUGUGUAAAUUUUAAUUUUUUUCGUUUAGUCACACACAAUUCCAUUCAUCACCCCGUGCAACCGAAGACAAAUUAAUCCAAAGUUCGGUUAAUCUCAGCAAA